AGGCCACGACCAGUGGGUGGGACGUAUCGGUGGAAAUAGGCGACGUGGUGUGCAUCCUGACCAAAGACCAGCUCCAGUCCAUUUUGGCCAUCGCCCACACAGCCGCGCCGCUGCUAAGCUAGCGUCUGAGCGGCAAGACGUGAAGCACCGCUAUCAGGCCAAAUUUGGCGACAAAUUGUCCGAGCCCGCUGCGGGCACCCUGCCGCAGCUGGCGCGGUGGAUCAGCGUCAAGUGCAGGCACUUGUAUGUAGCUGUAGUUCCUCACGCGCCAACCGAAGCUCUGAAAAAUUGGCAGGACUGCACCAGCCUGGCUGUUCUGAGGCUGAACCUCGAGGCCACCAAGCACCUGGGGCUGUAUGUAAAAGGUGUUGGCGCCAAAUGGGAGUGAUACCCGCAUCAGCAACUAGAAUCGAGUCGAGUGCGUCAACCGAGCAUGUGGGCACUGAGUUCUGGGCGGCUGCGACCCGCCAGACCACCUCUGGCGGCGCUUUCCAAACGGCGACGAUAACCGCAUAUAUGCAAAGCGUCAGCGUGUACGACAGCGAUCCCGAGUCCCACCCUGUGUUCCGGCCCCUGGUGACCAUUGACCGCUCACUGGCCGCGCCCGAAUACCAGCGCCACGAGAAGAGGGCGUUUGCCGAGCACACCAGGCGCAAUUCAGAUAAGUAUGACGUAUGGAUGUGCACGUCAGAGUCGGAUCCCGUGCUUACAGUUAACGUUGGCCCCAUCAUUGUUGUGCUGGAUAAGGAGCUCGCUGACAGACUGGCUAUAUACCAGGAGCUUAUUGUCGGCAUGCUGUCCACAGAGCCCACCGCAGAGCCCACCGCAGAGCACAUCCACAAUAGGGGUUCCCACACAUUUGCUGACAAUGCCUAUGGUGGCAGCGACGUGGCUAGGUCCAUCGAGGACCUAAUGAGCAAUAUCCAGAUCCAGGCAAAGCACAAGAUGCCAUUGAGCAUUGCUGUGUGCAGUCCACUGAUUCGCACGUGGAUCCGGCUGCCCGGGACAACGGCAAAUAGCGGAAAAAGGACGGGGCGCGGACCUCCCAGACCGGCUCUCGCACCUCCAAACACGAUGUUCCAGCGCCAGGCCACUUUUGCAUUGAUGCUGUCGAUGCUGUGAUCACCAACGUGGUCAACGGCACUGCGGCCAGCACCCAGUCCCAAAACGACGUUCCCGAGGGACAUUUACGCCAUCCGCACAUUCAAGAGCUCCUCGAGUCGCGCAAGAGCGUGGCUGGAUCGGGCAUUCGCGUCGAAUGCGAAGCCCUAGACAUAUCUGUACAGUCGAUAGAGGGCGAUAGCGCAAUAGACCACAU